CAUCCUAAUGCAGAGAUGCUGCAGUGGCUCUGGGCGCACACACAUCCACACACAGGCAAGCGGCAGUGCCUGGGAAGGACUUGCCUGGGGGAGGCGGAGGACAGGCAGCGACGGGAAGGUUGUUUCAGCAGCAAGGACGCCAGGCUUUCCCCUGCACAGGCGCUCGCCCCGGGCGUGCACGCGCACGUGUCAAUCCAGGCCCAGGUUUGCUGUCCCCACUCCACAAUAAAGACUCAGUUUGCUGGGCCAUAAACUCUGAUCCAGAGGCCCAUGAUGGGAGCGGCAACGGAACUUAUUUUUGUGUCAUUAGCCAUCAUCUUCCUUACGGUAUGGUGCCAGCCACACAGUAGCAUGAGGAACUAUGGGCCAAUCUUUGAAGAGCAACCAGUCAACACGCUCUUUCCUGAAGGCUCAACAGAAGAGAAGAUAACUUUGGCCUGUCGAGCAAGAGCCAGUCCUCCUGCCACAUACAGGUGGAAGAUGAACGGCACAGAGAUAAAGAUGGAACCAGACUCCCGUUACCGGCUGUUUGGGGGCGACCUAGUGAUAAGCAACCCAGUCAAAUCCAAGGAUGCUGGGUCUUACCAGUGUGUGGCAUCUAACCCAAGGGGCACAGUUGUCAGCAGAGAAGCCUACGUCCGCUUUGGCUUUUUGCAGGAAUUCUCUACAGAGGAACGAGACCCUGUGAAGAUCACCGAAGGUUGGGGAGCGAUGUUUUCCUGCAUCCCCCCUCCGCACUACCCAGGUCUGUCAUAUCGAUGGCUCCUGAAUGAAUUUCCCAAUUUCAUCCCGGGGGAUGGAAGGCGCUUUGUCUCCCAGACAACAGGCAACCUUUACAUUGCCAAGACGGAGGCAUCAGACCUGGGCAACUACUCCUGCUUUGCUACUAGCCACAUUGACUUCAUCACAAAGAGCGUCUUCAGCAAGUUUGCCCGACUCAGCCUCGUUGCAGAGGAUGCCAGACAGUACGCGCCCAGCAUUAAAGCCAAGUUUCCUGCUGACACCUACGCGCUGGCUGGGCAGGCGGUGACUUUGGAGUGCUUUGCCUUUGGAAACCCUGUCCCCCGAAUAAGGUGGCGGAAGGUGGAUGGCUCUCAGUCCUCCAAGUGGAUCGCCAAUGAGCCCAUCCUGCAGAUCCAGGACGUGGGCUUUGAGGACGAAGGCACUUACGAGUGCGAGGCUGAGAACAGCAAGGGAAAAGACACCUACCAGGGCCGCAUUAUCAUUCAGGCUCAGCCAGAAUGGCUGAAGGUGAUCACGGACACGGAAGCGGACAUCGGGUCGGACCUGCGCUGGAGCUGUGCUGCAGCUGGCAAGCCGAGGCCAGCGAUCAGAUGGCUACGGAACGGGCAGCCAUUGAUUUCUCAGAACCGCAUUGAAGUGAGUGGCGGAGAGCUGCGAUUUUCCAAGUUAGCCCUGGAGGACUCCGGCAUGUAUCAGUGUGUGGCCGAGAACAAACAUGGCACAGUGUAUGCAAGUGCUGAAUUAACGGUGCAAGCAUUUGCUCCAGAUUUUCGGCUAAGCCCAGUGAAGCGCCUCAUACCAGCAGCCCGAGGUGGGGAGGUCAUCAUCCCGUGCCAGCCAAAAGCCGCACCAAAGUCCAUCGUGCUCUGGACCAAAGGGACAGAACUCCUGAUCAACAGCAGCAGGGUGACCAUUACACCAGAUGGCACUUUGAUCCUCCGUAACAUCAGCAAGUCCGACGAAGGGAAGUAUACCUGCUUCGCUGAGAAUUUCAUGGGCAAAGCCAACAGCACCGGGAUUCUCUCAGUUCGAGAUGCUACCAAAAUCACCCUGGCACCCUCUAGUGCUGACAUCAAUGUAGGUGAAAACAUCACCCUGCAGUGCCAUGCCUCCCAUGACCCAACUAUGGACCUAACUUUCACAUGGUCCCUGGAUGACCUCCCCAUUGAUAUCGAGAAGUCUGAUGGGCACUACAGGCGAGCUAGCACGAAAGAGGCUAUCGGGGACCUCACCAUCUUAAAUACUCUGCUGAAACAGUCUGGGAAAUACACGUGCACAGCCCAGACGGUUGUGGACAGUGCUUCAGAGUCAGCCAUGCUGAUUGUAAGAGGACCUCCAGGUGCUCCUGGGGGCGUGGUGGUGAGGGACAUCACCGAAGCAACCGUUCAGCUGAGCUGGAGCCGAGGCUUCGAUAACCACAGCCCUAUCGCCAAAUAUAUCAUCCAGGCCCGCACCCUGCUGUCCAACAAAUGGAAGCAAGUACGCACCAAUCCUGCGACUAUUGAAGGCAAUGAAGAGACAGCGCAGGUGGUGAACCUCGUUCCCUGGAUGGAUUAUGAAUUCCGGGUCAUAGCCAGCAACAUCCUUGGAACUGGGGAACCCAGUGGACCCUCCAGCAAAAUCCGCACCAAAGAAGCAGCACCUACUGUGGCACCAUCCGGGCUCAGCGGAGGAGGAGGGGCACCCAAUGAACUCAUCAUCAACUGGACACCCAUGCUGAGGGAGUACCAGAAUGGAGAUGGCUUUGGUUAUAUCCUGUCGUUCCGUAAGCAAGGCACCCAGGCAUGGAUGACAGCCAGGGUGCCUCAUGCAGAGUCUCUGCACUAUGUUUACCGCAAUGAGAGCAUUGGACCCUACACCCCAUUUGAAGUGAAGAUUAAAGCGUACAAUCGGAAAGGGGAGGGACCAGAGAGCCUGACCGCUGUCGUGUACUCAGCAGAAGAAGAGCCCAAAGUGGCUUCUUCUAGGGUCACUGCCAAAGCUGUUUCAUCUUCGGAAAUGGAUGUGUCCUGGGAGCCGGUUGAGCAGGGAGACACGAAUGGAGUCCUUCUUGGCUAUGAGAUCCGGUACUGGAAAGAUGGUGAUAAAGAGGAAGCAGCAGACCGAGUGAGGACGGCGGGUCUAGUCACAGCUGCUCACGUAACAGGCCUGAACUCCAACACAAAGUACCACGUGACGGUCAGAGCUUACAACCGGGCCGGAACUGGACCAGCCAGUCCAUCUACAAACGUCACAACCACAAAGCCACCACCUAGGAGACCACCUGGCAACAUCUCCUGGACCUUUUCUGGCUCUGGCGUCAGUAUCAAGUGGGACCCUGUAGUAGCACAGGGGGAUGAGUCAGCUGUCACUGGGUACAAGAUGCUCUACAGGCAGGACUCGCACUCCAUUCCUACCCUGUAUCUGUCUAGCAAGAACCGACUCGAUAUACCAGUGCCUGAAGACUUCACUCAUGCCCUGGUACAGAUUAGGGCAACGGGGCCAGGAGGAGAUGGAGUCCCAGCAGAGGUUCACAUCCUCAGGAACAGCGGCACAAGCAUGAUGGUGGAAAGUACUGCAGCCACUCCAACACCAUACACUGUCAUUAUCAUGACUAACUACUUAGUAAUGUUGACCCUGAUUGGCUAUUUGGAGCUCUGAUGCUGGCCUGCGCAACUGAAGAUUACUGGACACCGUUGCUCGUAAACUAGCGGGGAACUAGUCUACAUUUGGCCAUUACAACAAGUUUGUACUGCAGUGGCAAUGAAACGUGGUUUGUCAAAAUCAAUUUAAGGGAACAACAACAACUAACACACACAAAAAAAAAGCCCACUUUUUUUUUUUUUAGGAAAUAGAACAUUUCAUACAAGACAUGGGUCUUUAACCAAUCAAAGAUUUUUUGAGAGAAAAAAGAAACAAAGAGGAAGAACUCUGCGUGAAUUCUUGGGUGGUGGCUGUCACGUAUACUGUAGCCAGUAGGUUUUCUGCCUUACGAAGCCAUGUAUGAAAAUAUGAUAAGACUCAUAAACUUGACUUUUUUAAAUAUGUACAGUACUGUGGGGGGGGGGGUGGAUUUCAAUAUGAUCAGCAUGUUCCAUAUAAAUCACAGUUACAACCUGAGCUGACAGCUGUGAUGUUCAA